AUUUUCUUUGCACACUGUGUUGGUCUGAUUGGUCCUGUACUAGCCACUUUCUUCAGCUGUCUCAUCAACUGAGAGGCAUGACAGGUCCAUGAAGAAUCACAAAUAAUGAAUUUUAUGCCAGGGUGUGAUUAGCAGGAAGGAGUGCCGGGCAUGGUCAGUCGUGUGGACCAGAUUUACCGAAGUAUCCUCCUCAGCAAGUUCUUUGUACGUGGCUGGGGGAAACCAGAAAACUUGCGGAGAAUCUUUGCUUUCCGAAAGAUCAUCUCAAAUCGUGAAAAAUGUCAGCAUCUUGUAGAUAAAAAUCAUCCAGUAACAGUAACAAAGGAAACUGACAAUGGGGACCAUAUCCUCCUGGAGGCAGAGUUUGUGUCCCCAUUUGUGGAGCAACUACCUGGCCUCCUUCCCAAGGAAUCGGAGAAAGCUACCUUUCAGUUUGUCUACCCCAAAACAUGGCGCACCCACCUGAGGCCCACAUGCCUACACCUCGCAGGCACUGGGGAUCAUGGGUAUUGGCGAAGGAGAAUGCUAAUGGCAAAACCGCUGCUUGAAGAAUCAGGCAUCGCAUCAAUCAUGCUGGAAAACCCUUUUUACGGCAUCAGGAAACCCAAAGAUCAGCUCCGCUCAAGUCUUCACAAUGUGUCCGACCUGUUUGUGAUGGGUGGCUGUUUAGUCCUAGAGUCACUAGCUAUUUUCCACUGGUGUGAACGCAUGGGUUUUGGGCCCCUGGGCAUCACAGGCAUAUCUAUGGGUGGACAUAUGGCAUCUUUGGCAGCUACCAAUUGGCACAAACCUCUUCCGUUGAUUCCUUGCUUAUCCUGGAGUACGGCAUCAGGAGUGUUCACCCAGGGAGUGAUGAGUGGUGCCAUCAACUGGGAGAUGCUGAAGAACCAAUAUUUUUCAAAUGAGGUUUUCAGAGAGGAGCUUUUCAACAUGAUACAGUCUCCAGAAGGGCUGCCUCUGGCCACAAAACAUUUUCCGGUAUACCACAAGGUUGGCCAGGAGUUUGCCCGAGACUUUCCCCAGAGCCUUUCACAUGUGGAGAAGAUCAUGCAAGAAGAUAGUGGAAGCCAGAGUAAUCCUGCCUCAAGCACUCCCCACAAUUCCUCACAGAAUAACAGACUAGCGCAGCACAAAGCAGAAAGAAUGGACAUGGCCUUCAGAAACGCAGAAGAGAUACGUGAGCCAGACAGAAUGUACAGUAGUAUAGCGUCUGCUGGAGGGGGCCCACAAGGGCUGAGUCUGUCCCUUCCAAAGUUCAAUAUUUUGCAGAAUUUCAGCUUUUCCAAGAAGAAGGUAAGCAAGAGCCAAAGGGUAGACUCGAACAAGACCUCCAAAAACAUUCUCCUUAAGUACAAAAGCUCCAAGUCCAAGAUCUCAAAACCCGACUUCACUCCUGUCGGAAUCCGGCCCAAGAGUGCAGCGCAUAUGAAGACAGUCACGUUUGAGCCUUACAUGGAGGUAAAGGACACUCUGACAUGGGAGGCAGUUCAGUUCAUGCGGGGAGUCAUGGACGAGUGCACACACCUGGGGAACUUCACUGUACCAGUUGAUCCCUCACUUAUCAUCAUUGUGGCUGCUGAGAAUGAUGGGUACAUGCCACGCGAUGGUAUCAUCCCACUGACAGAAAUCUGGCCAGGAAGUGAGAUGAGGAUCCUAGAGAGUGGCCACAUCACAGGGUAUCUCUUCAACCACCAGGUGUUCAGAAAAGCAAUUAAGGACUCUUUUGAUCGAGUUACCGAGAAAUACUACAGUUGAUGCACAUCACAUGUAGAUACCAAGAAGUUGUUCAUUUCCAUCAAAAAAACGGAGUGAGAAAUUUUGCCCUCAAACUAAUGGAUUAUCAAUGUAUUUGAAGUAUUUUGGAAUGUGAGAGAUAUGCCUUGAAUUCUGUCUUUAUUUAAAUUUACUUUAUUAUGAAAUCAGUGAUGUGAAGCUCUCAGAAUAAUUAAUGCAUACUCUCUCCUCUCUCUUUUUCUUCCCUCUGCUCUCCUUCUCUCUCUCUUUUCCAUCCUGUCUUUUUCUCUCUCCUUUUCUCUUCCCUCCCCGCUCUUUUUUUUUUUCUCUCUUUCCUCCUCUCUCUCUUUAUCUGCACCUCACCCUUUCAUUUUCUAUAUAUUUACUCUAAAAGCAUAGAAUACUAUGCUUUUAGAGUACUUCUAAAAUGUGAGAAGUACUUUUUGAAGUUUUAUAUUGAAGAACUCAAAAUACACAGAGAGUAUGCAGUAUCAUUGUUAAGUUUUAUAUGUUAUUUUGGAUAUUUCCCCCCCCCCUUAUUACAGCUCUUGUUUUGAAAGGGUAUGUUGGGCAUAUAUAGUGAUAAUAGUAGUGAUAUUCCAGGUAUAUAUUUCAUUAUAUCUGAGUCAAAAUGGACUAUAUUAGUCUAGGAUUUGGUUGAUAGUUGCAAGGAAGUGUAACACUAGACCAGGGCAGAAGCAACACAUUGAAACUGUGAAUUUGUUAUGGAAUUAUGUUUUUAGACCUAGAUAUUGUUUAUUAUUUGUCCAUAAUAACAUGUGAAAUUUAAAAGGAUUUUGGAAGACCUCCCUGGAUUAGGUAAAGAUUUUUAGGAAACCAUCUGUAGGGUAAUUGGCUGAAAGGUUUGGGAAUUAUGUUUUGAGGUUAAUGAAUACUUUAUGGUGAGGUUAAGAUAAAAUCAGUACCACAGCAAUGCAAAGGAAAAUGAAAGAACAUCUCCAUUUUUAUGGCUCCUUCCCAUAUGAAAAAAGAAAUGAUUAUAAGUCAUAAACAUUUGCUUGACAGUGAAAAUAUUUUCUGCACCUGUUUUAUUGAAGUUAUUCAUGGCAGUUUCUUUUCUUCUUUUUUUUGUCAUCUUUUUCUUCUUUUUUCAUCUGAAUUUAUAGGUGCUGCAGAAGGUUGUUUUAUUGGGUUUAGUUGUUGGCAUGCAAUACACUGAAAUCAUUAUUUUGGGUGAGUAUUUAUGUUAAUGCCAGUUGCAAGCAAAGCAAGAAUUAUGCAUCACUUGAUAGAUCAGGCAAUUUUAAGAGCUAUUACAUAUGCAUUAUUUCCAUCACAUAACUACUGUUUGCAAGAGCAUUCCUUAUGUGACUGUCAUCUGAUGAAGCUCAUUCUUGCACUCGUAUUGUGUGAGAGCUUACUCCUUAGAAAGCCUUUAAAAUUCUUUCUUAGCAAAGUUAUUUUUUGUGCCAUAUGAAGCCAAGGAAUAAUGAUGUAUCUGUGGCAUUCUGACAGAGUAAAGGUAAUUUGCAACAGUAAUGUUUAGAAAAAGAAAUACCUAUAAUUGCUUGAUCUGUUGAGCAGUGUAGUUUAUUUUUCAAAGAUCUACACUGGCAUUAGAGUCAAUGUUUGCCUUAAUUAUGAUUAGUAUGUGAUAGAGAAGGUUUUUGUGAUAAUUCCUUUCAGUCGGCUAUUAGAUUAAAUUCUACGGAACUCUAAUGCUUGACCUUGAAAGACGAAUAUUUAGUCUGAUGCAGAAUUUAGGAUUAGGCAGAAAAUUGAACAACUACUGUUUGUUUUGUGUGUGUUUGCUUGUGUGUGUGUGUGUGUAGAUUUUAAAAUGGAUACCGUAAUGCAAAGUCAAACAAAUUUUUAAAGGUACACAUGCUAAAUCUACUUGUCUUUUCAUUCGUAUUUGCUUUAGAAGCCCCAUGAAUAGGGAUCCAAACUUCACCCAAGUAGUUUUUUUGUUCAAGGUAUUUUUCUAGUUUUGCUACUUUUAUACAAGCCUGUAAAUUCUUGUGUCAUUGUUACUUUGUUUAUUGCUUAGAUAUCAAAGUGUAUGAUCUGCAGAACAAAAGAAAAUUUGGUGUAGAAUAUUUGAUUAUGGGAAAUAUUUAGGAUUAUAUAUAUUUUUGCUAGUUGCUUCAGUAGCAGAAAAGAGUUCUGAAAUAUAAAUAAUUUUUGUCAUGAAUUCAAGCUGGAGAUAUAAUGACAUAUCCCAGUCUUGGCUUCAGAGAACCUUCUCUAAUAAGCUUAGAUUGGCAAUGUAAUUAAUAUUCAAUAGUGCCAAUUCACUUUUUGCUUGAAUGAUUUGCUAUCACUAGUUUAGGGUAUGAAGAUGUCAGAUUGUGAAAUCAUUAAUUAUGUAGUAAGGAUGUUUCACUUUAUAAAUAGUAGUCCUCUAUAGUUAUCAACAGAAUAGAUCAAGUAUCUGAAAUAUCUAUUAUACAAAAACAUUUUGAAACGCAAUUCAAAUUUACACUUAACUAGACAUCUUUGUUAGAAUCAUUGAUGGAUGAUCAGCUUUUUAUAUUGUCAAAAACUAUGUGAAAUAAGUUCCCAGUCCAUUGCCACAGUGUAGGAUUGUUUAUGCAGUUCAGUUUAUUGUAAUGAACUAUGUUAAGAGAUCUUUUUUUUUUUAAUGAAUACAAAGCAAAUACAAUACAAAAGUACAGAAAAUCAAGCAGGUUGUUCCUACAACUAUCAGGGAACUAUGUGUCUAUUUCUUUGGAAUAAAAUGCUGCAUUAGUGGCAGCUCUAAUUAUGUUAGCAUAAACCAUGUAGGAUGAGCUCAUUAAAAUCCGUUAUCAUCUCUGGUGGCUUCGGGAUAUACCAACCACUGAGGGAUGGGGGGGGGGGGGUUUGCAUAAUAGGAGGAUGUGAGAUCAUAAUCUGGAAUCUGGCGAGGAAAAACACCUUUUUAUGUAGAUUAACCAGAUGGCAGGAAUACAUAUCCACUGAAAUAUAAGUUCAUCUAUUGCCUUUACACAUAUAUAGCUCUACAAGUGUUUAGGCAUCAAGGACUCAGUUAAUAGUCCUACCUAUAUGAUUUUUGGAAAACUUCAUUUGUUUUACUUUAUUGUUGUUAAUGUUAUUAAUAUUUUAAUAAAAAUUUAAUCAUAAUAUCUGUAAGAAUCAUAGCUGUAUCAAAAUUAAUAUUAUUAGAAAGAAAAAUACAUUUUUCUGCAAAUUCAUGGAAUGGGGAAAUCAGGCACAGUUACUACUGAUAGAUUCCUUGGUGGCUGAACACAUGUGGAGCCAUCUGUAUGUAACAAAAUUCACAAGAAACUACAUGGGACAGA